CCGCGUUUCCGGGCGGCGGGGUUUCCGGUGCCGGCUGAGGCGAUGGCGGCAGGCGGCAGCGACCCGCGGACGGCGGACGUGGAAGAGGACGCUUCGCAGCUCGUCUUCCCCAAAGAAUUUGAAACUGCGGAAACUCUUCUAAAUUCAGAAGUACAUAUGCUUCUUGAGCAUCGCAAGCAACAGAACGAGAGUGCAGAAGAUGAGCAGGAGCUUUCAGAAGUCUUCAUGAAAACCUUGAACUACACAGCGCGCUUCAGCCGCUUCAAAAACCGUGAAACCAUUGCCAGUGUCCGUAGUUUGCUGCUCCAGAAAAAGCUCCAUAAAUUUGAACUGGCAUGUUUGGCUAACUUGUGUCCUGAGACAGCUGAGGAAGCGAAAGCUUUGAUUCCUAGCCUGGAGGGCCGAUUUGAAGAUGAGGAAUUACAGCAGAUUCUUGAUGACAUUCAGACUAAACGCAGCUUCCAGUAUUAAGGUUAAUCCUGAACCCCUUUAUCUGAACAGAAAAAAAUGGGAACUUUGGCUGUUUCUCAGCCCUCUGGACCAAUCCAGCUCCCAGCUGAGUAAGGGGAGUUGUGGAUACAGGGUACUCCAGUGCUGUGUCAUCCACAGGUGCAUUCAGACUGGAGAUCAGUUUAGUCCUUUUGGUUUGUUCCACAUGUAUGUUGGUAAGGACGCCUGUUUUGUGAGGGAGCCAAAGAACCUGAAAAGCCUUUUCCCAGUGGCUCAAGUAUUUGUUUCUUCCAGAUCCCUCUCCCCGAUUUGGAAAUUUUCAACAUGUUUCUGUUUUUCAGCAGAAAUGUAGAUGUGACCUUUUUUUUUGUGAACUUCUAAAAGAGAUGGAGAAACUUGUUCUUGACUCUCAGAAGGCUUAUUGAUGAGCGGCAUCAAUUUCUGUGGUGGUUUUUUUUUUAUUGUGUGAUCAGGACUGGAUUUUUACAGCUUCAAUAAUUUUCUAUUAUUGUUUAGUGUAAAUUAAAAGAUAUUUCUAAUUAAUGUGUGUUGUAUAAACAUUAGGUUCAUAUUAUGAUUUUAUUGGACCUUUUUGAUAAACAGAUCCUGUGAUUAUUAACCUGUGUUGGAGAUCUGGGGACUCCAAGUGCAUAAUAACGCAAGUACAAUUUAGGACAGGUCAGACAGAGGCGUUAUUAACUAUGAUCAUAGUGAGAGAACAUUUGGGCAGCAUCUCCCUCUCUGCUCCCCUGUCCUCUGCCAAGUGGUCGCAGAGACCUAACCUAUAUAUUGUUUCAGAAAAGAAAAAGGUGAGGAAAAGCAGUCAUUUUGAUAUUAACAAAGCCAGGUAUCCAUCCUGGGAGGGAUGGGCUCGUUAAUUGGCUUGCUAACUGCCGCAAUUCUAAGGAGGAAUCAAAGAGUCAAUCAGGUGACACUCUGGAGGGGGAUGGCUCUUGGUGGAGCCUCUGCACACACAGUAUUAUCUUAGCUCAGAAGUGGGGAGUUGGCAACUGUCACAGACUGUUAGCUUUCAGUUGAAAGGAAUGUUGUUUAAGUUAGGAUAAACUUCUUAGCCAGCCCUCUCAAAUCUUAAAUAUUAAUAAUUUUACCACUACACUUUGAA